AGAAGCAGCGUUAUUAUCAUUAUUACUAUUAUUCUUUCUUCAUUUGUUUUUGCCCCUGUCAGCACACAACUCUCUCUCUCUCUCGAUAUAUAUAUCCGCUUUGCUGCCACGCUCGCAACCCAUGCCAAAGCUGUGCGUGGAGUACUCCAAAUCAGGGCGUGCAAAGUGCUCGCUGACCUCGUGCGGCAAGAAGAUCGAGAAGAACGAGCUGCGCAUCGGCACGGAGGUGAUUCUGCCGUACAGCGACGAUGGCGUGGAGACGUGGAAGUGGCGCCACCUGUGCUGCUUCACGGAGCGGCAGCUGGGAAACGCGCGUGGCACCGGCGACAUCGACAACAUCCAGGGCGAAGACGACCUCGCCCCAGCCGACAAGGCGCUGGUGCAGGAAAUGCGGGAGGGCAAGCUGGUCGGCGCCACGACGAUCAUUGGCCGCAUCGGCGACGUUGCACACUCGCGUCUGGCGAGCGAGUUGACGGGCAAGGGCGGAGCCGCAGCGGCCAGCAAGGGGAAGGCAAAGACCAAGAAGAGUGACGACCGCGAGGACGGCGGCAGCGCGUCCGCAUCGCCUGGCGAGAAACGUGCACGUGCGCCGCGCAAGAAAGCGCAAGUCGAUGACGACGUGGACUCUGAGGCCACCGACGAGUACGAGGUUGCGGUGGAGGCGGUGUCGGAGAAGCCGAAGUGUCCGUACGGCGCCGACUGCUUUCGCACGAACCCCGAGCACUUUCAGCAGUACUCGCACGACGGCGACGCAGCGGAGAGUGCGGCGCUCGCGACAACGAAGCCCACCAUGAAGCCGGUGAUCAAGAGGAAGAAGACGAAGUGA